GUCUCUAUUGUACUUCUUCGACAAAGCGUGGUCGAACCCAACCACACCUUUUGAGAAAAGCCCUAAUAUUUAUACAUCACAGACUCGAUCGUCGGAGAAAUCUCACAUUUUCCGAUUAUCUCUCGCCGGAAUCCUCAAAUCCAACCCAAACAUCACCGAAAAAAUUGCCAGACUGGCCUCUGCCGACAUGUCAAACUCAAGAACAGCCAAAAAAACCUAGUCUGGCAGAAAGUAAAUUUUCAUCUGAAUCUGCGGCUACUUGAUGUUGAUUGCCAAAACUAUCUGCAUGCUUGAUUGGUUUUAUAAGUUGGUAAAGGCAGGCUGCAAUUAGAAACAUGUGACGUUGAUGGAGGUAAAAAUGUAUGUUUUGUAUUUCUGGUUCAUUGCAGUGCUGUGUUACUGAUCCAUUGAUUUGAAGCAAAAUCUAUUCCAAGCCAGAGGUGUCUGAACUGCAAAACACAACAGCUUCUCAUCCCAACAGAAGAAAAUGGACAUCAACUCUGUUAGCAAUCCCAACAUGGGUGAUGCAACUGGAGACAUAAACUCGCAGAGUCUAGAGGGAUCUCAAAAUGUGAAAACUCUGGAGUGUGAAAGUGGUGCAUCCAAACAGGAGCAAAUGUGCUUUAGCGAAAACUCUGUCAAAAAGGCUGUGAUUCUGAGGCUUACACCUGAUGGGCUACCUCCAGGCUGGAUAAAAGAAAUCAGAAUUCAAAGAAAGGCAAAUAAGACUAGAAAAGACCCGUACUACACGGAUCCUGUAAGUGGAUAUGUAUUUCGCUCUGAGAAAGAUGCUUUGCGCUAUCUGGAAACUGGAAACUUUAGUACAUGCGCUAUCAAGCCAAAGAAGAGGGAGGAACUGGAAUUUUUAAAUGGAGAGACUUCUCCUAACAUGGGUAAAUUAAGUGGAGGAAUAAGCUCUUCGAACCUAGAGGGGUCUCAAAAUGUGAAAGCUCUGGAGUGUACAACUUGUGUAUCUGAACAGAAGCAAACGGGGGUUACGAUGCAGUCUGGAGAAAAGGAUGUGAUUGUGAGGGUAACAACUAAGGGACUACCUCCAGGGUGGAUAAAAGAAAUCAGAAUUCAAAAGAAGGCAAAUAAGACAAGAAGAGAUCCGUACUACACGGAUCCUGCAAGUGGAUAUGUAUUCCGCUCCCAGAAGGAUGCUUUGCGCUAUCUGGAAACUGGAGACAUUAGUAGUUGUGCUACCAAACCAACAAAGAGGGAUGAAGUGAAAUUUUUAAAUGGAGAGACUUCUGUAAGUCUUCCAUCUGCAGGGCACUAUACAAGCAGAAGACAACUUUUUACAGGUACAGAAAACAAUGCCCCGAGCAGCAUAGAAACAACGGAUGCUGAGGGCUCGCAGAAAAGGCAAUGCACGAGUGUAUCUGCUGACAAUGGGACUGUUUCCACUCCCUCAACUGAGAUCUUACGGGAGGAGAAUCUGGAAAAGGAAAGUAUUGAAAAUAAGCGCAACAUAAAAAGGCAGUGCAUACCCAAGGUUAAAAAAGAACUUGAUUUGCCUCGUCGGUCUUCAAAACGACUCGAGGAGCUCAAACUCAAGACGGUGGCCAACUGUGUGUUAAGCGAAGAAGCUCAUGGAGCUGCAGCUGGAAAGUCUGGUGAAACUGAAGUGAAACCGUUGCAGAUGAUUUCAACGCAGAUUACAGAUCAUGAUUUGAGAGGCACAGAACUGUCAGACAUUAAUGAGAAGCCUUUGGAGGACCAAGCUGUUCCAGAAGAUCAACCAGCAAGGCCAGAAACUGAGAUGACAGACCAGGAAAAUCUAGGAUCUGAAGUCAAUCCAUCUGGGGAUUCCUGGUCCGAUCCGUGCCUAGAAUUCGCAUUUAAGACACUUACAGGGGCACUAGCUGUUGAGAAUAAUGUUGCAACAACGCAAGGUUAUUUCCAGGAACAAGUCAACACCUCUCGUGCUCAAACUGAUGGUAGUUUAGCACUACCAGAGUUCGGCAUGCCCUAUUUACCCAACUUUUUCCAAAGCAAUACUUCACCGGGUUUUGAUGCGCCAGGGGGGAAGCCUGUAUCUGUACCUCAGUUGCCAAUGAAUCCUACCUAUGUGCCUCCUGGACAACCUAACUUGGGAGGAAACAAUGAACACCAACCAAGAGUGAACUCAUGAAAGAUGAGCUGGCUAGGGUUUUUCUUGUUUUUGUCAAAACUAUGCUGCCUCGAGAAUCAAAACUGAAAUGUCAUUUUGUAGAUAUAAGACUCUUCUAGCUAUAGAGACAUCUGGUUUUGUAGAGGCUUAAACUUAACUAUUGUGCAUUAUGUUUUGAACUUGUGGAUUUGUGCUUUUAGUGUUUAACUGUUUCCUGUGUUGUAAUGAAUACUUUCAGAAUUUGUGAUCUGUUUUUGUGAGAUUGAUUAGUCUUGAA